UGGCGCUGCUGCUGGUGCUGUGAGGGGACGGAGACGGCUGGGCUGGGAGAGCAGCGGCGGCCCCGGAUCAGCGUGAUGCUCACGGACGGCUCCGCCGCUCCCGUCGGCGACGAGGAGAUAGACUCGGUCACUCCCCGCGCCUCCGCCACCGCCGAGCCCCCCGCCGCGGCCGGGCCCGCCCCGCUGGGGCUGCGGGCCGUGCGUCUCUUCGGGGAGGCCGGGCCCGGCGGGCCGGGAGGCCCCGGAGCGCCCGGCGCCGGGGAGGCCGCCCUCGACUUCAAGCUGGCAGCCGCCGUGCUGCGGAGCGGGGGCGGCGGUGGCGGUUCCGGCAGUGACGAGGACGAGGUGUCCGAGGUUGAAUCGUUUAUUUUGGACCAAGAAGAUCUGGAUAAUCCAGUGCUUAAAACAACAUCAGAGUUAUUUUUAUCAAGUCCUGCAGAAGGAGCAGAUUUAAGAACUGUGGAUCCAGAAACACAAGCAAGAUUAGAAGCAUUGCUAGAAGCAGCAGGAAUUGGUAAAUUAUCCACUGCCGAUGGUAAAGCCUUCGCAGAUCCUGAGGUGCUCCGAAGACUGACAUCAUCUGUCAGCUGUGCGUUGGAUGAAGCUGCUGCUGCAUUGACCCGGAUGAGAGCAGAGAACAAUCACAAUGCAGGACAAGUAGACAACCGCAGUUUGGCAGAAGCAUGCUCAGAUGGGGAUGUAAAUGCUGUUCGGAAGCUAUUGGAUGAAGGAAGAAAUGUAAAUGAACAUACUGAAGAAGGGGAGAGCCUUCUUUGCUUGGCCUGUUCAGCUGGGUAUUAUGAAUUGGCACAAGUGUUACUAGCGAUGCAUGCAAACGUUGAAGAUCGAGGGAAUAAAGGAGACAUAACUCCAUUGAUGGCAGCUGCCAGUGGAGGCUAUGUUGACAUUGUAAAAUUGCUUCUUGUUCAUUGUGCCGAUGUCAAUGCUCAGUCUUCAACAGGAAACACAGCACUCACUUACGCCUGUGCUGGAGGAUUUGUUGACAUAGUAAAAGUGCUGUUGAAAGCAGGUGCUAAUAUAGAAGAUCAUAAUGAGAAUGGACAUACCCCCUUAAUGGAAGCAGCCAGUGCAGGUCAUGUUGAGGUUGCAAGAGUACUGUUGGAAUAUGGUGCAGGAAUCAACACUCACUCCAAUGAGUUCAAAGAAAGUGCACUUACACUGGCAUGCUAUAAAGGCCAUUUAGAUAUGGUUCGCUUUCUGCUUGAAGCCGGAGCUGAUCAAGAACAUAAAACAGAUGAGAUGCAUACAGCUCUAAUGGAGGCCUGCAUGGAUGGACAUGUGGAAGUAGCUCGUUUGCUUUUAGACAGCGGUGCUCAAGUGAACAUGCCUGCAGAUUCAUUUGAAUCUCCAUUGACACUGGCUGCUUGUGGUGGACAUGUAGAGCUAGCAGCUCUACUGAUAGAAAGGGGAGCAAAUCUUGAGGAAGUUAACGAUGAAGGCUAUACUCCGCUGAUGGAAGCUGCCCGAGAAGGCCAUGAGGAGAUGGUGGCAUUGCUACUAGCACAAGGAGCAAAUAUAAAUGCACAGACAGAAGAAACGCAGGAAACAGCUCUUACCCUGGCAUGCUGUGGAGGAUUCUCUGAAGUAGCUGACUUUCUUAUUAAGGCCGGAGCUGAUAUAGAACUUGGUUGCUCUACACCUUUAAUGGAGGCUGCUCAAGAGGGUCACCUUGAAUUAGUGAAAUAUUUACUGGCAGCAGGAGCUAAUGUCCAUGCUACAACAGCAACCGGAGACACAGCUUUGACCUACGCCUGUGAAAACGGACAUACUGAUGUUGCGGAUGUUUUGCUCCAAGCUGGUGCUGAUUUAGACAAGCAGGAGGACUUAAAGAAGACUAUUUUGGAGGGCAUAGAGACGGCCAAGCAUCAGGAACAUGAAUCUGAAGGUGGAAGGACACCACUAAUGAAGGCUGCAAGAGCUGGUCACUUAUGCACUGUACAAUUUCUCAUUAGCAAAGGUGCCAACGUUAAUAGGGCUACAGCUAAUAAUGAUCAUACAGUGGUGUCACUGGCAUGUGCAGGAGGCCACCUUGCAGUAGUUGAGCUCCUUCUGGCUCAUGGGGCAGACCCCACUCAUCGGCUCAAGGAUGGUUCAACAAUGCUCAUAGAAGCUGCAAAGGGUGGGCAUACGAAUGUGGUUUCUUACUUGCUGGAUUAUCCAAACAAUGUUCUGUCAGUACCUACCACCGACAUGUCCCAGCUCACGCCACCUUCUCAGGAUCAGUCUCAGGUUCCACGUGUACCGGUGCAUACACUUCCCAUGGUUGUACCUCCCCAGGAACCUGACAGAACACCUCAAGAGAAUUCCCCUCCCCUCCUGGGAGUACAGAAAGGUACAUCCAAGCAGAAGUCAAGUUCCCUGCAGGUAGCAGAUAAGGACCUACUGCCACCUUUUCACCCAUACCAGCCUUUGGAAUGCAUAGUAGAAGAGACUGAAGGCAAGCUGAAUGAACUUGGACAGAGAAUUAGUGCUAUUGAAAAAGCACAACUCAAAUCAUUGGAAUUAAUUCAAGGCGAACCGUUAAAUAAAGAUAAAAUUGAAGAACUUAAAAAGAACAGAGAAGAGCAAGUACAGAAGAAGAAGAAAAUACUGAAGGAGCUACAGAAAGUGGAAAGGCAGUUGCAGAUGAAAACACAACAGCAGUUUACCAAAGAAUAUUUGGAGACCAAAGGUCAGACAGACACACCACUUCCCCUGCAGCAACAGUGCCCACACACAGGUGUCUUUCCAGAAGUGGAAGGAGAUAAGGGUCUACCAGAGGAUAACUUUUCAGGGUUACCUCAGGUUGACACAGUCUUGUCUAAAGAUGAUGAGCAACAACAGUCUUCACCACCUGCUGAACCAAUAGAGUUUGUCCCCAUCCAGCCUUUGCCAACAUCGCAGUGUAAUUUUUCCAGUAAUUUAGGUUAUAAUGGGACAGAUUCUCUUGAACUUCAGAAAGCAUUAGGUAAUCAGCAGAAUAUAGGACAGCAUCAGCAAAUUGCUGGACAUGGGCAGGGGCUGUUAGUUCAAGAACCAGACGGAUUAAUGGUUGCCACUCCAGCCCAGACGCUUACCGACACUCUUGAUGACCUAAUAGCAGCUGUGAAUAGCAGAGUGCCCACUGGCUCCACUAGUUCCACACACACCACGGAAUCUCCUACACCGGAGCCCUGUUCGCAGACGCCAAGCAAUGUAGCUUCUCAGUCUGUACUCCCUAUGUAUCCUUCAGUGGACAUUGAUGCACAUACUGAGAGUAAUCAUGAUACUGCACUGACCCUUGCAUGUGCAGGUGGUCACGAAGAACUUGUAUCUGUAUUAAUAGCACGAGGUGCCAAUAUUGAACACCGAGACAAGAAGGGUUUUACACCAUUAAUUCUGGCUGCAACUGCCGGACAUGUUGGCGUAGUGGAAAUCCUACUAGACAAAGGUGGGGAUAUAGAGGCACAGUCUGAGCGCACAAAAGACACACCACUUUCACUGGCAUGUUCUGGUGGACGCCAAGAGGUGGUUGACUUGUUGCUGGCUCGGGGAGCAAAUAAAGAGCAUAGGAAUGUUUCUGAUUAUACACCGUUAAGUCUUGCUGCAUCUGGGGGAUAUGUCAACAUCAUUAAGAUUCUGCUUAAUGCUGGAGCAGAAAUUAAUUCACGGACUGGGAGUAAGUUAGGUAUUUCUCCUCUGAUGUUGGCUGCAAUGAAUGGCCAUGUACCUGCAGUGAAACUGUUGCUUGAUAUGGGUUCUGAUAUUAAUGCCCAAAUUGAGACUAAUCGGAAUACAGCUCUCACCCUGGCUUGCUUCCAGGGCCGAGCAGAGGUGGUCAGUCUUCUCUUGGACAGGAAAGCCAAUGUUGAACAUAGGGCUAAGACUGGUCUCACCCCUCUCAUGGAAGCUGCUUCUGGAGGGUAUGCAGAGGUUGGAAGAGUUCUCCUUGAUAAAGGAGCAGAUGUCAAUGCUCCACCAGUGCCUUCCUCAAGAGAUACGGCUUUAACUAUUGCAGCAGACAAAGGCCACUACAAGUUCUGUGAGCUCCUCAUUAAUCGGGGAGCACAUAUUGAUGUUCGCAACAAGAAAGGAAAUACACCAUUGUGGUUAGCAGCUAAUGGUGGCCACUUUGAUGUGGUGCAGUUGCUUGUGCAGGCAGGAGCUGAUGUCGAUGCAGCAGAUAACCGAAAAAUCACACCCCUUAUGUCAGCCUUUCGCAAGGGUCAUGUGAAAGUAGUUCAGUUCCUGGUGAAAGAAGUUAACCAGUUCCCUUCAGAUAUUGAGUGUAUGCGAUACAUAGCCACCAUAACUGACAAGGAGCUGCUGAAAAAAUGUCACCAGUGUGUGGAGACAAUUGUGAAGGCUAAAGAUCAGCAAGCUGCAGAAGCAAAUAAGAAUGCUAGUAUCCUGCUAAAGGAGCUUGACCUGGAAAAGUCAAGAGAAGAAAGCAGAAAACAAGCUCUUGCAGCUAAACGAGAGAAGAGAAAGGAAAAGAGAAAGAAGAAGAAAGAGGAACAAAAAAGAAAGCAGGAAGAAGAUGAAGAAAACAAACCUAAGGAAACUCUAGAGCUUCAAGAAGAUGAUGAUGAAGAGGAAAAUGAUGAUGAAGUGGAGCAAGAAGUUCCUAUAGAGCCUCCCAGUGCAACCACUACAACUACAAUUGGAAUCUCUGCAACAUCAGCAACUUUCACAAAUGUCUUCGGGAAGAAGAGAGCCAAUGUGGUGACUACCCCCAGCACCAACCGAAAAAACAAGAAAAAUAAAACUAAGGACACUCCUCAGAAUGUGCAGAUAAUUUUGCCAGAUCAGCAUAUAUCUCUAGCACAACAAAAAGCAGAUACAAAUAAAAUAAAUGGAGAGCCAAGAGGUGGCGGUGCAGGUGGGAAUAGUGAUUCUGAUAACCUGGAUAGCACAGAUUGUAAUAGCGAGAGUAGCAGUGGAAGUAAAAGCCAGGAAUUAAACUUCACAAUGGAUACAAACUCAUCUACUGAUAGGCGAUACUCCUCGUUGCUGCUCCCUUCUCAGGAAGAAAAGUCUAGCACCUCAGCUCCAAAAACACCGACAAGACUUGAUGAUGAAACUAAUCCAAAUUCAUUAUCAACAAGUUAUAAAUCUGUGUCCCUGCCUCUUGCGUCUCCAAAUGUGAAGCUGAAUCUUACUAGUCCAAAAAGAGGCCAGAAGAGAGAAGAAGGCUGGAAAGAAGUGGUUAGAAGGCAAGUGGGCAGAGUUUUGAAAGACCCACCCCCUAGCAAUACUCUGCAGCCAACACCCAUUGAGCAGUUCCAGCUACAGAGAGGAGGGCGCUGCUGUUCAGGAGCAAAAAGGUCAAAGAAAUUAUCUGUCCCAGCUUCUGUCGUAUCUAGAAUAAUGGGAAGAGGUGGGUGUAACAUCACGGCAAUUCAGGAUGUCACUGGUGCUCAUAUUGAUGUGGAUAAACAAAAAGAUAAGAAUGGAGAGCGAAUGAUCACAAUAAGGGGUGGUACAGAGUCAACAAGAUAUGCAGUGCAGCUCAUCAAUGCUCUUAUUCAAGAUCCUGCCAAGGAACUGGAAGAUUUGAUUCCUAAAACUCAUAUAAGAACACCUGCUUCUAGCACCAAAUCAAUUCAUGCAAAUUUUUCGACUGGAGUUAGUACUGCAGCUGCUUCUAACAAAAAUUCGUUUCCUCUUGGUGCACCACCUCUGGUCACAUCGCAGUCAUCAACGCUAUCAACUUUCCAGCCCACUAGUAAACUAAACAAGAAUGUUCCAGCAAACGUACGUUCUUCUUUUCCAGUGUCUCUUCCUUUAGCUUAUUCCCACCCUCACUUUGCCUUGCUGGCUGCCCAAACUAUGCAACAGAUUCGGCACCCUCGCUUACCUAUGGCCCAGUUUGGAGGAACUUUUUCACCUUCACCGAACACUUGGGGACCAUUCCCAGUGAGACCAGUUAACCCUGGCAGCACAAACAGCUCUCCGAAGCAUAAUAGUUCAAGUCGUGUAGGUAAUCAGAAUGGGAAUAUUUUACAGUCUGAGUCUACUGGAUUAGCUACUUCUAGUUGUCCUAUUACUGUCUCAUCUGUAGCUGCUUCCACCCAACCACUGUGUGUAACCAGCAAUCGGACUCCCUCAUCAGUCAGAAAGCAGUUGUUUGCUUGUGUUCCGAAGACAAGUACUGGAGCAACAGCGGUCUCAACUGUGACAAGCACCUGUAGCAGUCUGCCUUCUGCUUCCUCUGCACCUGCCAACAAUGGGCAAGUUCCCACAGCAUUUCUGCCCUCUAAUGGUCCACAGACGCAGCAAUCUACACUUAAAACGGACUCUCUUUCAACUGUUUCUGCACCCAAAGAGAAGGUGUCAACACCUGACCAGCCUGUUGGAAGUGUGAACGCACCAACUUCCGUUGCAAGUAGUUGCAGUAUGUCAACUAGCAGCAAUCCAGGAGUCGUAGAAACUCGCCCAGCAAGCAGUCCUGCACCUCUGAAUAAUGUCCAAGAUGAGAUAUUGCCAACCAGCAUGUCAGAGAUGAGUCCUUCUAUGUCGAUGCCUUUUUCAUCUAGCUCAGAACCCACUCCAUUAAGCUUAGCUUCACCCAGAUCAGUUGCUGCAGAUAAUCAGGACAACAGUAAUUUACCUCAAUUAGCUGUACCAGCACCUCGAGUUUCUCACAGAAUGCAGCCUAGGAGUUCUUUCUAUUCAGUGGUACCAAAUGCAAACCUACAUCAAGAUCCUCAGUCUAUUUUUGUUACAAAUCCAGUUCCUUUAACACCUUCGCAAGGCCCGCCUGCUGCAGUGCAGCUUUCAUCAGCCAUGAACGUUAUGAAUGGUUCUCAGAUGCACAUUAACCCAGCAAACAAAUCCUUGCCUCCUACGUUUGGGCCAGCGACGCUCUUCAAUCACUUUAGUAGUCUCUUUGAUAGCAACCAGGUGCCAGCCAACCAAGGAUGGGGAGACUGUCCGUUAUCCACGCGAGCAGCAGCAGACCCAUCUUUCGCUGUUCAGUCUACUUUUCUGAAUAACUCUGUGCUUGGACAUGUAGAAAAUGUGCAUCCUGACAACUCCAAGGCUCCUGGAUUUAGGCCACCUUCCCAGAGAGUUUCUACUAGUCCUGUAGGAUUACCUUCUUUAGAUCCAUCAAACAUCUCUACAACAUCGUCUUCAGGGCCUCUGACAGGCUUUUCAGCCAACAUACAAGGAGCACGGGUUUAUCUUCAAGGGCCAGCACCUGUUGGGACCCCCAGUUUUAACAGACAGCAUUUUUCACCACAUCCGUGGACAAGCGCAACAAAUUCAUGUAGGAACUUCAUGGCAGGUGAAUCUCCUAUUCCAUCAGUUUCCUCGGGAUCAUCCUCACCCCUAUCAGCUGCUUCUGCACCUUCUAGCUUGGGCCAGCCAAAAACGGGUAACACAAGUCAAGAUCGAAAAGUACCACCUCCCAUUGGGACAGAGAGACUUGCUAGAAUUCGACAGGGAGGGUCUGUUACUCCUACCCCACUGGGAACCAACUUCACAGCUCCAGUUGGUCACAGUGGUAUCUGGUCAUUUGGAGUUAACAGUGUAUCGGAAGGCUUGUCUGGUUGGUCCCAACCCGUAAUGGGGAAUCAUCCAAUGCAUCAACAGUUAUCAGACCCAGGCACGUUUUCUCAGCAUCAGCCAAUGGAAAGAGAUGAUUCUGGAAUAGUGGCUCCCUCAAACAUUUUCCACCAACCUAUGCCAAAUAGUUUUGUGGAUUUUUCUAAGGGUUUACCAAUUUCCAUGUAUGGAGGCACUCUAAUACCUUCGCAUCCUCAGCUCGCUGAUGGCCCAGGAGGCCCUCUGUUUAAUGGGCUUCAUACUCCAGAUCCAGCCUGGAACCCUAUGAUCAAGGUUGUCCAAAAUUCAACAGAAUGUACUGAUGCUCAGCAGAUUUGGCCUGGCACCUGGGCACCUCACAUUGGAAACAUGCAUCUCAAGUACGUCAACUGAUUUGAGGGUCUAUCCUUUUUAGCAUUGUUCGGGAAACCUAUGACCUUGAAGAACCCUGGGGAUUUUUUUAAUGUGCCUAACAAAGCAUUUUUCUUUUUCUGUGGGCUGUAAAAAUGGAAACUUGAUUGCCCAUUGUAUAAGAACAAAUUUGAUUUACCUAUACAACUGAUUCUGUUCUCCAGUUAGUUUAGCCAUUUUGAACUUAAAAUCAGAUGAAUUUAGUGCUUUUGGCUAAACACUACUGAAUGCUACUUGUAUGCAGCAGAGAACUAGAUGAUUACAUGAUUUCAACCUUUUAGGGUGGUAAAUACAUGUAUAAUUGUUUACAUACUUAAAAAGGAAAAGUUGAGUAAAUUUCAUGUCGUAUAGUGGCUCUACUUUAUGUAGCCUGUAUUAAUGUGAAAUAUUUACCUGAAUAUUCAAUAAAAAGGCGAACAGUA